AUGGAGGUGGCCUCCCCCUCAUCCUCCUCCUCCUCCCCGCCGCCCAACCCCAAGUCGCGCCUCCUCCGCCUCAACCCGGCCGCCCUCCUCCUCCGCCCCGUCUCGCCCGCAACCCCAACCCCACCCCCAUCCGCGCCGACCAUGGGCCCUUCCUCCGCCGCCCCACCCCCUCGUCCCGCCGCCGCCGGCGGCGGCGCCCAUCCCCUAAUCUCCUUCCUCUCCUCCCUCCUCCCCCACCGCCCCCACCACACCGACCCCCCACCUAGCGCGGCCACCUCCACCCUCGCAGCCACGCGGCGGGCGGCGGACGCGGACGCCGACGCGGACCUCCAACUCAUCGGCUGCGCGGUGCCGCUCUUCCGCCCGUACGUGGCGCGCCUGCCGUGGCACGGCGGCGCGCGCGCCUGGCUCUCCAAGCUCUUCCCGCGCUACGGCCACUACUGCGGGCCCAACUGGUCCAGCGGCAAGGAGCAGGGCUCCGUGCUCUGGGACCGGCGCCCCGCGGACCACCUCGACUUCUGCUGCUACUGCCACGACAUGGCCUACGACACGCACGACCAGGCGCAGCUGCUGCGCGCCGACCUCGCGUUCCUCAGAUGCCUCGAAGGCAGCCGCAAGACGCCCGCACUCGACGGCGUCGCCGCCGCCGCAUACUACCGAUCCAUGUGCCUAUUCGGGCUCAAGGCCAUACUGAUACCCUACAGGACCAACCUGGUGCGGCUGCAGACGGGGCCCAAUUACGCCGACGCAAUCACCGAUUUCAUGAAGAGGAUGGCCUCGUCUUCCGGCAGGGCGACUACCGGCGGCGACAAGCAGAGAUUGUGAGCGGCAGCGUUGGGUAAUGGCGCUGAAUUGCUCGGUGAUUGAGAUGCAGCAACUUGCAUAGGCAUGUUUUGAUGAGGAGCUCGUUUGUUUAUCUACUAGCUACCCCCAUUUUGGCUAAUUGGUAGGCAGUCGCUCCUGAGAAGUUCUUGAAUGUGAAUAUAGAUUAGCAUAUCCCACAUCAACGAUGUGGCUUAAUCAGUGUAACUUAGAAUAUGCAAGGAAUUGCGACAUUGUUAUGCUGUUGGUUA